GAAUGGGCCAUUGACAAUUUGCCCGGAUUGUACCAAACAACGGCUUUCGGUGUCACUGGUUGUGUCACUCUGGACUUGGUCAGCCGAAUCAGCCAACAGAGAGCUGAUGCGCUUGGAAGCGUGAGUAGCUUUUCCCAGUUUUGAACGUGGACGCGCACAGGGUGGACUGUGCCUGGGUAGGUGCGAGAUCUCACUGCUAUUGAGCGCGCCGCACGCCAUCAAUGAAGACAAGGAGAUGUUUGAUGGCUCUUUUGCUAGCUCACUGCAAUGAACAAUUCCAGACGCCAAUGAGCCUUUGCCCAAAGGGCUUUCAACUUGUGCUGACUUCUGUUGCCGCUACUCUUUUUCCCCGCAGCCGCUCAAACACCUGAUCCCGUUGAUCUUCAUGGACACGCUCUACCAUUUCCCCCAAACCGUGGAUCUCGCCAACAAAGCAGCACGACAUUACGACGCACCCAUGCACGUGUACCAGCCCAAAGGUACGCCUACGGUAGCCGACUUUGAGAAAAAGUGGGGUCCGCAACUUUGGGAGCGGGAUGAUUCGACUUACGAUUACUUGGUCAAGGUGGAGCCUGCGCGAAGGGCGUAUGACGAGUUGGGCGUCAAGGCGGUCUUGACGGGAAGAAGACGUAGUCAAGGAGCGGAUCGAGCCAGUUUGAACGCUGUAGAGAUCGACGAGACCGGUCUGAUCAAGGUGAACCCUCUGCUCAACUGGUCCUUUCAACAAGUAGACGAUUACGUAAAGACAAACGCCGUUCCUUAUAAUGAGCUUUUGGACAUGGGCUACAAGAGCAUUGGCGAUUGGCACUCGACCGUGUUACCUGGCGCUGGAGAUGGAGAGCGCGGUGGACGGUGGAAGGACAAGGGAGGAAAGACCGAGUGCGGUCUGCACCAAGAUUGUGAGUCAUCGAUCGACGGCGUUGGCAAUGGAGAGGGCUUCGGCCAAAGCAAAAUGCUCUUUGCCUGUCCGUUCCAACAUUGACCAAACAUUUCUUCAAUCGCCCCAUUCAGACUUCCGCAUGAAGCGCAUCGCCGAAAAGCGGAUCCGUGAGGCUGAGAUGGCUGCUCGUGACCAAGCGCGGGACGAGGCGGAAGUUCGUGCUGCGGCUACUCCAGC